CUCUUGUUUCGAAGUUCGAAUGUUAUUGCUCCACGAAAUGUUGUAUUAAUAGCCAAAUUAUGCUCCUAAUUUGAAGGUGGCUUCCCAGUUGGGUUUACUAACUGACUUAUGAACCUUCACUUGAUCAUUCACCGUCAGUUUGAUUCUUGGAUAUCUUUAUGUUCAUUUUUCGUUCUCUUUUUUACUUCUUUUUCGGUCAAAUCGCGUAAAUUUGACGCUUCGACACAUUCAAUUCUUAAGCACCUGAGUUUGGGGGAGCAUCCAGGCAUAUGAAUAGGUCUCCUCAAGGCCUACGUGACGUCUGCUCUAACAACUUGUCUAGAGCCUAUCGCCCUGCAUUGCAAUGACGGACUAGUUACAAAUCUGCAACCUAGGCAAGAGGCUUACGAAGCUCAAGGCACUGGCGAAAGACAUUUCGGGCAGCAAUUGGGCCUACGAAGUUGUCAAAGGGAUUUCAUCGCGGUGCAGAUGAUUCAAUCUUCGAGUGCUUCGAAAAGUGAUGUAGACUUGAACCUUCUGCUUGCUUCUCAAAGAUGUACAACUCGAUUCCGGGUGUCCAGGCUUGGGUUUCUCCAGUGGCAAUGUUUGAGGUAUCAACAGAUGCUCUCGAGAGAAUAUCUAUUCAAAUCACAAACAGAGAAACCAUCUUUCAAUCUAUACCAGGCAGUUUGCAGCACAAUGGCAAGAGUGGUAUGAAUUGAAACAGAGUGAUGGGCAAGCUGUGAUGAACUUUUAUGCCCUGGCAUGGUGAUUCCUCGAUCUCAACCUGUGCAAAGAUUUCGAAUUAUCGAGCUGCACAGGUGGAAGUUUGAUCAUCACAAUGUGGGUCUUCUCGUCACGGAUUAUUAGUGGUUCUAUGAUUGAUUCAAACGAGAAUGAUUGCAGCGUAGACCUCCAUAAGAUUUUACCGGGAGUAGUUUGUUACUGAAGAUUUUAGCCUUUUGAGAUGCGUUAUCUGUAGUUCAACUGCAGUAAUAAUGCAACAACCUUAAUCUACGCCGAAAGUAAGCACCAACAGACAACAUGGACGAUUGGAACGAUAAUCCGGGGCCAGGUGCUUAUUGUGUGAAAGACAGGUUUUCAAGCCCUCAAGCUCCGCACUACUCCAUCGCCGCGAAAUUCAAGGUUCGCGGAAAUGAAGAUGUGCCUGGGCCUGGCAAUUAUGAUCCCAGAGCUCAUUCGUGUGUACCACAUUAUUCCAUUGCUAGAAGACUUAAAGGAAAGUUGGGCGAGGACGUCCCUGGUCCAGGGGCAUACACUGGCAAAGUAGAGUCUGUCAAAGUUUCUCCUCCGAGGUUUACAAUUGCAGGAAAAUUUAGGGGUGAUCAUGGCAACAAAAAUCCAGGUCCAGGAACUUAUAAUUUGAAGGGAACCCUUUCUGGCCCAGCCUAUUCACUUCGAGUUAGAGAACCAGUGGAGCUAUUGAACAAAAAUCCUGGACCGGGCACUUAUAGCCCUGAUGUCCACAAUUGUAUACCUGCAUUUAGCAUGGCAAAACGACUUGAUGGUGCAAGAUCAGAUAUGGGACCUGGUCCAGGCGCAUACAAUCCGGAUGUGCAGAAAUGUAUCCCUGCCUUCAGUUUGGCAAAGAGAAUUGACUUAAGUCUUUUGAACAACAACCCUGGACCAGGUGCAUACGAUGUAAACAAACAAGAGCGUGGCCCUCAGUAUAGUUUAGCAAAAAGAUACCGAGAUGGAGCAUUGUACGUCGGCCCUGGACCUGGUGAAUAUGAUCCAAAAAACCACUCCUGCGUACCCAAGUAUUCCAUAGCUGGAAGGCUAGGGCGACCUCUUGCUCCGGAUAAUCCUGGUCCAGGAACAUAUCAUCCCAGUUACAGGCCUGGAAGCCCUUCCUACAGCCUUGCUGCAAGAUUCGGGGCCCAUCCUCUGGACAAAAAUCCAGGGCCAGGAGCUUACGAUCCCAGAGUUCGUACAUGCGUACCACAUUAUACCAUGGCUGGAAGAGGUGCUAAUUUAGUAGUUGACAAGGUUCCAGGGCCUGGGACUUAUAGUCCUACGGUUCACAACUGUAUUCCCGCAUUCAGUUUAGCUAAACGACUUGAUGUAACGAAACCAGAUGUAGGCCCUGGUCCUGGAGCAUAUAGUCCCGACGUUCACAAUUGUAUUCCUGCGUUCAGCAUAGCUAAAAGGUUUGAUGCUCACAUUGCCGAAAAUGGGCCGGGACCUGGUGCUUACGAUGUAGAAAGAGGAAACGACCAACCUUCAUACUCAAUGGCCGUGAGAUUAAGAGGUGGUAAUCAGGAGGAUGGGCCUGGACCAGGAGCAUACAGUCCAGUGGAUCAUUCGUGUGUACCGAAGUACUCCAUGGCUAGAAAGUUGAAAUAUUUUGGUCGUGAAAAUAUGCCUGGUCCUGGAGCAUAUAGCCCAAUGGACCAUUCAUGUGUACCGAAGCAUUCUAUAGCUGGGCGGUUUCAGGAUGGCACGGCCGACAAGAAUCCAGGUCCUGGAGCUUACGAUCCCAGACUUCAUACAUGCGUACCUCAUUGGAGCAUCGCCGGAAGAGGAGCCAACUUGGUAGCCGAUAAAAACCCUGGUCCUGGAGCAUAUGACCCAGUUGUACACAACUGCAUUCCGGCAUUCUCCUUAGCUAAGCGCCUCGAUUUAUCGAAACUAGACAUGGGUCCUGGUCCUGGAGCAUACAGUCCCGACGUUCAUAACUGCAUCCCAGCAUUCAGCAUGGCUAAACGAUUCGACGCUUCCAAAGGGGAAGACGUCCCGGGUCCUGGCGCAUACGACCCAGCGGUUCACUCAUGCCAGCCGCAUUAUUCCAUGGCUGCGCACUUGAAAGGCGGAGCAGCAUUCGUCGGACCAGGUCCAGGCGAAUACGACCCACAGGCUCAUUCGUGUGUGCCGCACUACUCCAUCGCGGGAAGGCUUGGCAAACCGCUCGCGGUAAACAACCCUGGACCUGGAGCAUACAGUCCCAGCGUCCACUCAUGCGUGCCACAUUACAGCAUGGCAUCGAGGAACGACGUUACGCAGGAGAAUAAGAACCCAGGUCCGGGAGCUUACAAUCCAGUGAAGAAAUCCGGAUCUCCGAAGUACAGUCUUGCAGGGAGAGGAGCAAACUUGAUGAGCGACAAGAAUCCUGGUCCGGGGGCUUAUGAUCCUGUGGUGCACAACUGCAUUCCUGCCUUCAGCUUGGCGAAACGAUUUGUGGCAGGGAAAGGAGACGGUGGGCCAGGCCCCGCGCAUUACAGCAUUCCGAGGAAGAUCCCCGGCCCCGCUUUCACCAUUCAAGCUCGGCGACUCCGAAACCGGCCCAAGCAAGCUCCUCGCGGUAAGGAAGGCGAUUGUAGCUAGAAAACUAGAUAGAUAGAAAGAUAGAUAGACAGACAGACAGACAGAUUGUCCUUUUUGGACAUAUUUCCUUUAUAGAUGCCCUAUUUGGGUUCCAUUCUGGCUUUUGUUUGUUGGUCUCUCAGAGGCAUCAUGCGAUGAUGCGUUUGUUAAAUUACCAGAGGUGUGUUUAUUUCAUUUCAUUUUAUUUUGUUUGUAAACUAAAUUA